GUUAAUUUUGUUUUCUCUAAUGUAAGUGUGUUGUUAGUGUGAAGCCGGAUUAUGGAGGCAUGGAAAAGUCACGUGCGAGCAGCACUGAUCCACAGGGACUGCCUACAGAAAGAUCCCUUCUCUGGACUCUUCACUAAAGUGUCUAGAUUAGAAGAAAUGUUAAGUCUACAUAUGGGUGUGUGGGAGGAUAUGGAGAGAGACAGAAUAAAAAGUCCAAAUGCAAAUGGAGUAUUGCAAUGCCCAGUAGAGGAGAAAAACCCAGCGAAACUCUACCUGCAGCUCAAAGAGGAAGAGCAAACCAGACAAAAGCUUGCCCAGAAAGUGUCAGACCUGACCAGUGAUCGUUACUUGAAGGAAGCAGAGCUGCAGUACUGUCACUCACAAGUAAGCCGCUACCGCAACGAAGCUCUGCUCUUGGCCAGAGAAGCGUGCUGUCUCAAAAAUGAUCUGUCUGAGUACGAGUAUAAAUUGGAGUGUCAGUCAAAGGAGUUGGCUGCGUUGCAAUUGGAGCAGAGGACACUGAGGGAGGACCUGGUGAUCGCACGUCAGGAGAAAGAGGAGCUACUGGAACGCUGGUUGGAGGAGAAAAGAGAGGAGGCAGAGCGAAUUAAUAAGCACAAUGCUGCACUGGAAAGGUGGAACAGUUAUGCUGGUCGACUGAGCAGGCGUCUGUAUUCUGGGCCUCGUCGGCAAACACGGCCAACUACUAACAGCCAAGUUAUCCAUAGAGAUUCAACUGAUCAACCAUCCACCAAGCAUGACUAAAUACUUCACUGAUUUACUUUUAAUUCAGUUUACUGAAAAUUUGCACUGUACUAAAUCUUAACUGUAUAAAAUGUGUACAUUAUUUUUUUAAAAUGUGAAUUUGAAACCGAUAUGUACAAUAAACUUGUUUAGUGUUUUGAA